GAGAGAGAGAGAGAGAGAGAGAGCGAGAGGCAACUAGAUGAAGAAUGUAAGCUGGACAUUUGGACGUCGGACGGUCGCGUGGCCGACUGGGAGGCCGUUAGUCAGUCCCGGGGUUCCGGGAGUCGACUCCGGUGUCCUGUGCCGUGCGGUCGAUAUCGGGUCCGAGGUGCCCAACCACCCAACCACCAGGGGUUUCCGGGGCCCACUUCCCUAGUACUAGGUCCAGUCAGCGUCCGCGAGUUCGUCGAGCUGGCUGCGUCGUCGUCGUCGUCGUCGUCGUCGUCGUCGUGGUCGCCGUCAUGAAGCGGAAGCAGCGUCGCUACAGGACGACGUUCAACUCGAUGCAGCUGCAGGAGCUGGAGCGGGCGUUCCAGCGCACCCACUAUCCGGAUGUGUUCUUCCGCGAGGAGCUGGCGGUGCGGAUCGAUCUGACGGAGGCGCGGGUUCAGGUGUGGUUCCAGAAUCGGCGCGCCAAGUGGCGCAAGAGCGAAAAAACGACGACCUCGGUUGGUGGUGGAGAAGGAGACGGCAGUGGUCUCGAGCCUGGGGCGCAUGAGCCCUUGGAACUGGACGGUGCGGAGCAGGACGACGGACUGGACGCGGACCAUACGCUCGUCGUCGUCGGCAGCAGCAGCAGUAGUGGCGGUGGCAAUGGUGGCGGUGAAGAGGAAGACGAUGGGACGGCCGCUCGAAUACUGGGGGUUGUGAGUGAGGCCGAUGAACUCGGUCUAGGCGAUGCCGAGAUGCUGCACGGUAUGGAUGAUGCGAGCGAUUGCCUCAAGCAGGCUCCACACCACCACCAUCACCACCACCACCACCACCUUCAUCAUCACCAUCAGCAGCAGCAGCAGCAGCAGCAGCAGCACUCUAGUGGAGCAAGUGGUGCCAGUACGGAGAUCGUCGGAGGUGACGGGACGGGAGUGAGUGGUCUAACGUUCGACACUAGCCCCCUGCAGGGUUCUGGCAGCGGUAGCGGCGGUGUCUCCGGAUGCGAUGGAGGAGUUGGCGUGGGCGUAGGAUCACUGGGGCUCGGUUACGGGCUGGGUGAUACCGAUUUGCCGCGGCUCACGAUCGGCGGCUCGCUAGCGUCACCCGGGCGGCUGUCACCGAACCUUUUCCUUAACCUCAACUUUGACCAUUUGAACUCGCUGGACGGGAGCCGGUCGAGUAGCCUGACGUUCGAGUGGAACAGCUUCACCACCAACACCACCACCACCACCACCACCGGUUCAGCCAGCACCACACCCGGCAGGCUCCCACAAUCCCACAAUCCCGCUGCCACCCUCCCCUCGACAUCACUGUACGCCGGUCUCGGCGGGUCGGAACCGCUCGGUGCCGACAUCGAUCACCAAGAGCACGGUCGCUCCUCGACCAACCUUCUUCUCCAACAGCAGCAACAGCAGCACCUUCAUCAUCAUCACCAUCAUCAUCAGCCGUCCGUGUAUGCGGAGGAGCUCAAGUUCCUGCACGUGGACGGCGGAUUCGGCGGCGUGGACGGCUUCAAGGGCGAAUCGCUCUUUAACCUCGAUCAAAGCCUGCUGGCCGGUACCUCCUCCGAUCAAACGACGCUCUCGAUGCAGCACUUGCACCAGCACCAGCACCAGCAGCAGCUCCACCAACACCAACACCAUCAGCUACUGCAGUGCGGUGGACACCAUCCGGUUCAAAAGCCACCCUCUAGCCACCAUCCCCAUCAACAGCAGCAGCAGCAGCACCAUCAUCAUCACCAUCACCAUCACCUGGCCGGGCUGGUGGACGAGCUGGCCGGGUUUACGGCGCUCGGUGCCGACGACCCCCAUACCGGGCACACACCGCCACCGCAACAGCAACAACAAACGGCGGCGCCACCGACGGCGGCUGACUGUUCGAGGGACGAGGGACGGGACGGUGACGGGACCGGUCACGGGUCGCCAUCGGAGCUGCUGGAUCUCGAGCGCCCCAUCAGCAUCCACAUCAACGUCGACGAGGAGCUUGGCGGCAAGUUCUAGGGCCACCAUCCCCUUUCCGCUUUUCUUUGUCCCUUUCCCAUCAAUCAGCUCUUAGCGAGGUUAUCCAGUGCCGAGUCGAAGUCGAAGAGUUACCAUACCUCUCCCUCCCCCCCACACCAUCGGUGCUCUCCUCUUCUCAGACGAUUCAGGUGGUGCGGCGCUCGUACGAACAGUGAACGUUAGUGAACGGGUGGUGAAGAAUGAGGUAGUAGAAAGGGGCCAUCACAGGCAGGGUAACACAAUUGUGCCCAGUGCUAGUGGUAGUAACCGUAGGACUCCCCCUCUCUCUCUCUCUCUCUCUCGUUGUGCCUGUGUCCUGCGCAUCACCAAGAAAACUGUCACGUCGUUUGAUCAAGCGC